GCGGAGAGAAGGUGAUCAAUCUCCAUUCGUCUCCAUAACACCUUAACACUCUGACAGACAACGACAAGCCCCCUGAAAGCAAAUGAGUUUGAUUUAUUUGGCUGCAAAAACACCCGGAACCGCACCGAGGACGCGGUGACGCCCGCGUGCUGAGAUCUGCGCGCUUUCUCCGUGAUGCGGCUCCGUUUUCCACGCUGUUUGUUUUUAAGCAACUCUGUCGCUGUGUGAGUUUUGUGCCCUGCAGACCGACUACUGGAUAAUUUUACUGCUGCCUCGCCUCUUGUGGCCCGGAAGCUCGGGAGAAGGGAAGAGGAGUAAAAACAAGUGACUUGGAUCGGUCCCCUGUCCCGUCAAGCUGCAGCAUCGGGGGAAACCGAACCACUGGCCUGAGCUGGGUGGAGCAGUGACCGCCUGUAGCAUGAUGUCCUACCUCAAACAGCCCCCAUACGGCGUCAACGGCCUGGGGCUCAGCGGCGCUGCCAUGGACCUGCUGCACCCCUCAGUGGGCUACCCAUCGACUCCCAGGAAGCAGCGGAGGGAGCGGACCACCUUCACCCGCUCUCAGCUCGACAUCCUGGAGUCUCUGUUCGGCAAAACCCGGUACCCGGAUAUCUUCAUGCGGGAGGAGGUGGCACUGAAGAUCAACCUGCCGGAGUCCAGAGUCCAGGUGUGGUUCAAGAACCGGAGGGCCAAGUGUCGCCAGCAGCAGCAGAGCGGCAGCGGUGCCAAAGCCAGGCCCGUCAAGAAGAAGUCUUCUCCGGCCCGGGAGAGCACCGGCUCUGAGAGCAGCGGCCAGUUCACGCCUCCUGCCGUCUCCAGCACGGGCUCGUCCUCAUCUUCAUCAUCCUCCACCAAUCACACGGGCCCGGCGGCGCUCAGCAGCACCUCUACCUCCAUCAACACUGUCUCCUCCAUCUGGAGCCCUGCUAUAUCCCCUGGAAAUGCUCCUGCACCUGCAGUGGCUCCAAUCCCCGAGCCAGGUCCCCCUUCUAACGCCUCCUGUAUGCAGCGUUCAAUGUCAGGCACCGCCGCAGCUGCCACCUCCUACCCCAUGUCCUACAACCAGACGCCAGGCUACGGCCAGGGCUACCCCACCCCGUCCAGCUCUUACUUCAGCGGCGUGGACUGCGGCUCCUACCUGGCCCCAAUGCACUCCCACCACCACCCCCACCAGCUCAGCCCCAUGACGGCCUCCUCCAUGUCCGGCCACCCGCACCACCACAUCAGCCAGUCGUCGGGCCACCACCACCAUCACCACCACCAGGCCUACGGCGGCUCCGGCCUGGCCUUCAACUCCUCCGACUGCCUGGAUUACAAAGAGCAGACUGCAGCCUCCUCGUGGAAGCUCAACUUUAACACCACAGACUGCUUGGACUACAAAGACCAGGCCUCCUGGAGGUUCCAAGUCUUGUGAUCAGGCUUUUUCCCCCCCCCUCCUUCUUCCCUCCUUGCUAGUCAGCUUCUUUCAUUUCCAGAUUAGCAUAUUGCUUGUUUUUAAAGACAAAAAGAGUUUAUGAACCAUAAGAAUACAAGAUAGCAGCAGGAAUGCUCAGCAGUCGGACUUUGUUUUUCCUCCCUCUCAUCCUCCACGUCUUUUAAAAAAACAAAAAAAAAAAGAGAAACCCUGAGAAGCAGUUUCCUGACGAUGAAGAACGGGGGUUUUAAAGACGCUCUUGGAUGACCUUAAGAAAACCAAACUGUUUUUCAAAAGUACAAAAAAAAAAAAAAAGUAAUUUCAACCAAACUCCUUUGACCACCAGCUCUCUGGAUGGGAGGAAUAUUUCCCUCUGGUGCCCCGACAGGAACUGCCUGCAGCGCCCUCUUUACCUCCGAAUCAAAUCCUGUAUAGUUUUUAUUUCUGAAAUUUGUUAUUUUAGGAUGACAGAGAUUUUUAGUCAGCAACGUCGAGGAGCUGAAAUAUGUAAAUAUGUAUUUGGGUCAGUUACAGUGACCAUGUUUAGUUGGUGUUUUUUUUCCGAAUUUGAAAUUGUUUAUUUCCACUUUGGGAGAAAAAAAAGAAACAACCUGUAAAUGUAAAUCUUUCCAAAUAUUCCAAAGAGAACAAAUUGGCCAUAAAGUUCAGCUUUUAUAUACGUUGUUUUACUCAGAAAAAAAAUGUUUUGGCAAUUUGAAAUGUCUUGGGGAGGGGGGGAUAAAACUCUAAAUCUCUAAAUCUAAAAUAUAGAUGCAGAACAGUUUGUUUUCCGGAUAUUAUUCUUAACCUCUAUACAUUUUCAAACCAGACCUCUUCUCUUGGGCAUCGUCGUGAUAUUGGACAUGUUUGAACCGCAGCACUUGGCUUGAUAUUGGAGUCAGAGCAUUUUUAUUUUUGGAGAGGAAAAUGUGAUUUAUAGCUCCAAAAUGACAGUAAGAUGUUGAAUGUAUCUUUAAGGCGAACCACCCUUACAUACAUGUUCAUCCAAUAAAGAUCCGUAAAGUCA